UAAGAUUAUAACCUUCACGAGGUCAGGACUGUUGUAUUAGACUUCAUUAGAUACAUCAUUAAUCAGGUGUACCUAAUAAACUGCCUGUUGAGUGUAUUUCAAGCGAAUGUCCCCAAAAAAGUAUUUUACUUUGAAAGUGGUGACCGGAAGUUUUCAUUACUCCAGCUGGUUUUCCUGAGGCGACAAGUGAGCGGCACCGGCCCCGCGCCAGUCACAUGGCUAAAUAUGGGUGCAGGGGGUUCGGUUUGCCGGUCAAAUACGUGACAUGGAGGCACAAGUUUUAAUCUGAAAGUUAGCUUAGUUAUUAAGAGAAAGAGGAACACGCAUCCCGGGACAAAGGUUAACUAACCGUGUGACUCCCGCCCGCAGGGAACUUUCGCUUCUCCGUUAAGUUUUCUCGGAUGUCUGUUCCUGAAAACGCCGCUGUUGUUGUUGAAAACGCAGCGGGCAGGAUACUCCGUGGUGUUUUAACUCGGUGCAGCUUCGGUAUCCAUCGCGUCGUGGCUGAGCUCAACUGCGCAACAAGUUUGUAACUCUCCGGUUGUUUGGUGUAGGAGGGUCCGGAGUGAACAGCUGACUCACCGGCUGAAGGCCGGGCUCCACCAGGGAGACACUGCCGCCGCCCCCGUUAAGAUCCUCCAUGGGUUGACCCCCUGGGCCCCGCUACUUCCCUCACUGUCUGAAGAUGAUCGGGUCACCGGACCUGCUGGCCUUCACCGGCGCCGAGGGUUUCGGCGAAGAACAGGAGGACCAGGAGGCUCCGAGUCUACCUGAGGAGCUCUCUGUUCCCCUUUUCCCCACCUCGCACCCCUGGACCACCUCCGCCCAGUUUAACAGGGACUUCAUACUGGUGGCUGAAUUCUCAGAGCAGGUGGGUCCAAAACCUGUGCUGACCAUCCCGGACGACCCCAGAGUCAUCGGCUCCUUUGACCUCAACCACUUCUCUGUGCGCAUCAUGUCUGUGGACUACCAGGCGUCUGGCCCCGUCCACAGCCCUCACGCCGCCCCCGGACCUCGCCUCAACUUCAGCGAGGACUCCAAAGUGAUCCUGGGAGAUUCGGCAGAGGAUGCUUUUGCAUACGUUCACCACGUGACCCUGUACGACCUGGAGGCUCGGGGCAUGGUGCGUCCUUUCUGCAUGGCCUACGUGUGCUCGGACCAGGCGAAGCUGAUGGAGAACUUCUCUGAACUGUCGACGUGCUUCUCUCUGGCGUCUGACAGCCUCAAGACGGGAAACAGGCAGGCGUUUUCUAUGGAGCUGCAGAGGAAACUACAAGAGCUUGAGUACACACGGCUGACUUUGCUACAGGAGACGGAACGUCUUCCCACGGUAAAUGGAUUUGCAGAAGUUGGAGAAAAGGCCGGUGAGCUUGAAGCUGUAGAGCGUUCGAUCUUAAAUCACAGAGACCUCCUCCGCCAGGUCACAUCAUACCCAAACAGGAAGCUCAAGCAGCCGGACUUUCUGCCAUAUGACCCAGCUGACUCCCUCACUGAUCCCACUGCGUUGCUGCCUCCUGAGCCCUGUCCCUCCACCUCCACCUCCACCUCCUGCAGGUCAGAGCACCGUCUGAAGCCCCUGCAGGAGCUUUGCAAUGCCUACUUCCUCUCCUUGAUGAAGGAGCAGCUGGCAGACACGGAGCGCCGCCUUCGGGGUGACAGGAGCGUCCUGCGAACUGCUCGUGUCUCACAUUUGCUGUCCAGGAGGCUCACGCUCACCAACUUCCUGUUUGAGCUGUGGAGCCCAGAGGACGAGGAGGAGGAGGAGAGGGAGGGCGCAGAGGCAGAGCUACAGAGGGCAACAGCGGGUAAGAGUGGUGUUGAGAUGUUUCAGUCAGAGCCAAUGAGCCUGGAGUCGUUCUGCUCCUGUGUGGAGGAGAUCCCCAUCAAACUGGAGGCAGCAGAGGCUGGGACAGUGACCCCUGACCCUAGCAUUGCCACAGAGAUGACGGGAAGCAUGAGCAGUGGCGACAGCAUUGAAGUGCUCGGGACUGAGAAGUCUUACCGGACACAGCAUGUUGUCGCUGGAUCUGCAGAGACACCGGUUAUGAUGAUGGACGCCUCUGUCAGACGAGCAGCAGUGGACACAGGCGUCAGACGCGUGCGAGCGUACGCCAAGCGAGCUAACAGCGAGGACAGCAUCGAGGUCCUGAGCACCACCGAGUCCAUCUUUCCUGACGACCUCACCGCCAUCACAGAGGAAGAAGCAGAGCACCAAUCUCUGAGCAACGGCUUUCACAAGGAGGAGGAAACAGUGACAGAGAGUAAAGCCGACAGUGUCCUCAAAGACGAGAAAACACAGAAUGGAAGUGAAAACGAAAAAGAACUGCCUGUUCAGAAAGAUGACGGAUGUGUUGAUAAAGACGAGUCUUUAAAGCAAAUAACUGUUGGUGGUGGUGUCAUGGUCAAAGAGGAGCAAGGUGUAGAGUGUCUGACGAAGAAUCAAGUUGAAGAAGGCAACAGUCCUGAGGAGACGUCCAAACUACUGCAAGCUGAAGAAGCAGUGAAGUCAAUGCCAAAGUGGUCUGACGUUCAUCAGACGGUGCAGUCGGUGCCUGACCUCCAUGUGAACUUUGCUCCUCCUGUUGCCCUAGCGGAGGUGGACCGCUGGACUCCACCCUGCGCUCCUCUCAGGCUGCUGAGCAUCGACGAAGCGUCUGACUGCACCAGCUUCACUGGCUCCUCAGAACCCCCGUCCCCCACCCAGAACAUCCACAGCAGCACCCACACAGAUAAGAGGAGGAGGAGGAGGAAGGCUGGACUCCGAGCCCUCAGGUUCCUCAAACAGAACUCGUUCUCCCAGCAUGCUGUGUUUUGUCUCCUAAGCGGCCGACCGCUGGUUGUCAUCGGAGGGGAUGAGAGCCUGGUCAGGAAGCUGGUGGACGCUCUGAGUCUCUUCCUGCCUGCUCCGGGUCCUGAUGGAAAUGCCGUGAUGCCGUGUCUGUGCACGCCACUUCAGCUGACUGACCUGCUCACCUGGAGGCUGAUAGGAAUACACAGGUCGUCUUCCAGCACUUCGUCCACCAUUAUUCACUCUCUGACUCGCUAUAGCCGUUACUUGUCCCUGCUGGACCUGGACCAGAGGACUCUGCGCUGUCCGUCAUACUCAGGUUCUGUCAUCAGCAGACUGGCUGAUCCACACACCGGCAUUAGCCGGGGCAUCACCUACCUGCUGCACCUGGAGAGCUGCCUGACUGUGCUGGCCAACCAGGCUCUGCUGUACACGUUUAAACCUGCUUUACAACGUCCAAACGUUGCUGGAGGGAAGAGUGGUACAGAGGGAGAGGAUUUCCUGUUGGCACGAGGACUCUGCAGCAGUGAGAGUGAUUUGAGGGUGAUGGAUUUCCUGUCUGACCUCAUCAAACAACGCCACGCAGGACGUGGACCACCGGUUUUAAGGUUUUCUUACAGCUCAGUGCAACUCCACAGAAAUACACACACAACAUAGAGUCCACAACACACUGGAUAAACAGAAUACCCACAACAAUAUGCACUGAUUCCUCUCUGAUUUGGACUGACACAGCAGGUCACACAUCAUCUGCCACUGUGAACACGCUAAAACACUUUUAAGGUUUUUAUCUGCUGUGUUUAAAAGUUAGUGUGUAUGCAUGAUUCCUGCUCUGUCAUGAUGCUGUGUAUCUGGAUUACUGUAAUUGGUGCACUAGUGCCUCACUGGCACCAAAAACCUUUACAUGCUGGCAGCAUCUACAGCUAAAGUACUGUUUUCUUUUUUGUGUUUUUAAAAUGUAGGCUGUGUAAUUUAAGCUAAUUGAGCCACAUAUAUACAUCAUGCAAUUUAAAAAAUUUACUUUUAUAGAUCCGAGAGUACUGUGAAGGCAGUGUGGUACUGAGGCUUGUGUAUGUUAGAUUUUAGUACGUCAGCACUUUUAUAAAAACAUGUUGCUCUGUCAUUUAGCUCUGAACUAGCUAAGCUGCAGUUUACAGUUGCGAAACGUUUAUUUUUAAAGUUGACGUUUCAGCAAAAUUUUGACUGCUCAUCAUUACAGUCCAUCAUCCCUUGCUACUACCUCUCUGCCUCUCUUGCUGCAGGUACUGGUAACGGGUGGGAUUCGAAACCCUAGACACUGUAAUGCCAGCACCUUAGAGGCAUUGAACAAAUCCACCACACGACCAGGCCCCUUCAGAUUGCUCUCAGAACACUUCAGAAUGUGAGCUUGAUCAGACAAAGUCAAUCAAAAUCUAAUCAGUUCAUCCAGUCCAAGUUCCUCUAAAGACAUCCAAUUCCAAAGCAUGUCAGAUGGCUAGUAUUUGUUUUUGUUUAAAUAGCUUUUCAGUUAAAUUUCACUAAUUAGCAGUGAUGGAGGAAGUAUUGAGAUGCAUUAUUUUAAAAAAAAGUAUAAUACCACAUUGUAAAAAUACUCAGUCAAAGUCCCACUUAAGUAAAACCAGUGUGAAGAUAAGUAUUCAGUCUGAAAUGCUGCAGAAUAGAAGUAUAAAGUAGCAUAAAAUGGAUAUAAUCAACUGGGAUACAAGUAACUCACUUUCCUUGGUAGAAAGUAACUAAGAAUAUUUGCUCAAGUACUGUACUCCUGUAUAGUUGAGGUACUUCACCUGAAUAAUUCCAUGUUAAGAUACUUUAUACUUAUAUUUUAUACUAGGGAAAUACUGUACUUUUUACUCAACAUUUAUUUGAAAGCAUUACUUUUAUGUUUUGAUUGUGUUUGUAUUAAUACAAAACAUAAUCAAUACAGAAAUGAUGUGUUUUUAUAUAUCAUUCUACCUUGCAGCAUAUGAAGUAGUUAUGGUGGAGCUACUACCUUUACUACUUUAAGUAUAUUACCUAUGUAUUUGUACUUCAGUAAACUUCUGAAUGUAGGGUUUUUACUCCAUAACAGUAUUUCUACACUGUGGUAUUGCUACUUUUACUUCAGAAAAAAGAGGCUUUUAAGCUUUAAACUGCAGCUGAGACAGUGCAACAGCUUCCCUCUGGUAAACACUGUACUUUCAUGUUUGUAAUUUUAAUGAUGCAAAUAUGAGCCGAUUUGAACAUGUGUGUAUUUACUCUGAAAAUAAAGUUGUACAUUUUACACUCAAAA